UCACUUUCAUUGUCAUAGGAACUAUUUUGAUGGAAAAUAUAUUUGACUUACUCAUAGGACUUGAAGUCUACCUAACACCUGGGCUGGGCCUGGGUUACUUACAGGUUUAGUUCAGGAGAUAAAACAACUUGUCAUGUCUUCAGGAAUAUCUCCAGAGACCAAUUACACAGGAGAUUAAAUAAAUGGUCACCAAUUUUCCUGGCAUCCAUUUCAUUUAACUGUCAUAUAUUUAGGAAAAUCACAUAGCCUAAUGCUUAUUUUUUCAUAUAGAAUAAUUACAUCUUCACCAGAUAUGAUAUAGAACAUGCACCAAAGAAAACCAAAAAUGUCACUUUCCCUCAACUAGCCCACUUGACUACAGAGUAGAUACCAUCAUAUGGACUCGCUUUGUCUGUGCACCAUGCAGACAAACACUGUAUAGCUGUGUCCGAGCUGAUUCUUCCCAGCCCACAUGUCUGCAGUGGCGGCAUGGCGAGGAUGCUGUUAUAAUUCAACGUCAGAUCAAGUAUAAUCAACGUCCCCCUGCUGGCUCAAUUGGAUCCUUAUUCACAAAAAUAUAAUCUUCUCGCUCCGCAACCAUCUUUGAGAAAGUCUGUGCCCUUUUUCUCAACGGAAGAAGAUUCGCUCUGCUGCAGUUCGGUUCGCAGUUCAAUGUAUGUCACUCGUAGUCCACAGUGAGAGGCUGAGAGCUCCUUGCACAUCUGGAGGAUUUUCUCUGCGAAUAGGCUUGUGUACCUACAUGGUUUCCCUAUAUCAGAUUCGUUUGAGGAGUUAAAUUCAGAGGUCUGAUAAAAUGGGCCAUCGCAUAAUAGCGACUGUCCUUUUUUGUGUGUGGCUUUUUGGUAAAUCGCAUGGAGCGUUUCCAAACCAGAUAAAUAUAGGUGGGCUUUUUAUGCGCUCUACAGUGCAGGAGCACAGCGCCUUCAGGUUCGCUGUUCAGCUGUAUAAUACCAAUCAGAAUGUGACGGAGAAACCUUUCCAUCUCAAUUAUAAUGUAGACAACCUCGAAUCCUCCAACAGCUUCUCCGUCACACAUGCGUUCUGCUCCCAGUUCUCCAGAGGAGUGUACGCCAUCUUCGGCUUCUACGACCAGAAGUCCAUGAACACGCUGACCUCGUUCUGUGGGGCUCUACACACGUCCUUUAUCACACCCAGCUUCCCCGCCGAUGCCGACGUGCAGUUUGUCAUCCAGAUGAGGCCUCCUCUCCGGGGAGUUGUCCUCAGCCUGCUGGCCCACUACAAGUGGGAGAAGUUUGUCUACCUCUAUGACACCGAGAGAGGUUUCUCUAUCCUUCAAGCCAUCAUGGAGUCAGCAGUGGCCAAUAACUGGCAGGUGACGGCCCGGUCGGUGGGCAGCAUAGUGGACCCUACAGAGUACAAACGCAUCAUUGAGGAGAUGGACCGCAGGCAGGAGAAACGCUUCCUCAUCGACUGUGAGGUUGGAAGAAUCAACACCAUCCUGGAACAGGUGGUGACCCUGGGGAAGAACAGCAGAGGCUACCACUACAUCCUGGCUAACCUGGGCUUCGCUAACAUGACCCUGGACAAAGUGUUUGCUGGAGGAGCCAACAUAACAGGCUUCCAGAUCCUCAACCCAGAGAACCCAAUAGUCACACAGUUCAUCCAGCGCUGGGAACGCCUAGACGAGAGGGAGUUUCCUGAGGCUAAGGGCACACCGCUGAAGUACACGUCGGCACUGACCCAUGAUGCUGUGCUGGUCCUGGCAGAGGCCUUCCGGUACCUGCGGAGGCAGAGGGUGGAUGUGUCCCGGAGGGGGAGCGCUGGGGACUGCUUAGCCAACCCGGCCGUGCCCUGGAGCCAAGGCAUUGACAUAGAGAGAGCCCUCAAAAUGGUCCAGGUACAAGGUAUGACAGGGAAUAUCCAGUUUGACUCGUUCGGUCGGAGAUCCAACUACAGCAUCGAUGUUUAUGAAAUGAAAAUAGGGGGGCCCAAGAAGACCGGGUACUGGAAUGAAUUCGAAAAAUAUGUAUUUAUUGUGGAUGCGCAGGUCACCAACGAGUCCUCUUCUGUGGAAAACCGAACGAUUGUGGUCACUACUAUUAUGGAAUCUCCUUAUGUGAUGUACAAGCGAAACUACUUGUCACUGGAUGGGAAUGACAGAUAUGAAGGCUACUGUGUCGAUUUAGCGGCUGAAAUUGCAAAACAUGUGGGGAUAAGAUACAAACUGUCAGUAGUUGCGGACGGGAAGUAUGGUGCAAGGGAUCCAGAGACCAAGACGUGGAACGGGAUGGUGGGUGAGCUGGUAUAUGGGAGAGCUGAUAUAGCAGUGGCUCCUCUAACUAUAACAUUGGUACGAGAGGAAGUGAUAGACUUCUCUAAGCCUUUUAUGAGCCUGGGGAUCUCCAUUAUGAUAAAGAAGCCUCAAAAGUCAAAGCCGGGCGUGUUCUCCUUCCUGGACCCGCUGGCCUAUGAGAUCUGGAUGUGCAUAGUGUUUGCCUAUAUCGGCGUGAGCGUGGUGCUCUUCCUGGUCAGCCGCUUCAGCCCCUAUGAGUGGCAUCUGGAUGAGAACGACGAGGCCAAAGACCCUCAGAGCCCUCCAGACCCACCUAACGACUUUGGGAUUUUUAAUAGCCUGUGGUUCUCCCUGGGCGCCUUCAUGCAGCAAGGAUGCGAUAUCUCGCCAAGGUCUCUGUCGGGCAGAAUCGUGGGGGGGGUGUGGUGGUUCUUCACCCUCAUCAUCAUCUCCUCCUACACAGCCAACCUGGCUGCCUUCCUCACAGUGGAGAGGAUGGUGUCUCCCAUAGAGAGUGCUGAGGACCUGGCCAAGCAGACAGAGAUUGCCUACGGGACCCUAGACUCAGGCUCCACCAAGGAGUUUUUUAGGCGCUCCAAAAUAGCAGUUUAUGAAAAAAUGUGGUCUUACAUGAAAUCAGCUGAACCGUCAGUGUUCGCAAAGACCACUCCAGAAGGGGUUGCCCGAGUGCGAAAGUCGAAAGGCAAAUUUGCCUUUCUUCUCGAAUCCACAAUGAACGAGUACAUUGAGCAGCGGAAACCUUGUGACACCAUGAAAGUGGGCGGCAACCUCGACUCUAAAGGAUACGGUGUGGCAACACCUAAAGGCUCAGCAUUAAGAUCUGAAGUCUGUCCCUUCCGCUGGUGUGUCUGGAGGAAGGGACAGUCACUCUGUAGGAACACAACCCACUGGCUGGCACCCUGGAGGCGAGGCGGCAGACUUGGUCAUCAGCUUGGACCCAAACCCACAGUCAACAAAUGCCCAUCCUGUGUUGCCAAGCCUGGCACGAUUAUUGACCAUGGUGACGCAAUAGGACCUGUGCUUCUUCAAAUAUGGGACCUGCCUCUCUUAGUGCCUUACGGAGCAUUCAGCAUCACAGCAAUGCAACUCCAUUUUGGUUCACUUGAAAAUACAAGAAUCGCAAAAGAAUAUAGGGUAGGAAAGAAAGAAAACAUUUAUACUGUGGUAAUCUAUAAGUGGGGAAAGUUUUAGUUAAAUUAUUUUGAAGAAAAAAAGCCAUUACUUACCAUUAAGAAACUCAUCCCAGAGAACAUUUUAAGUCAUUUCAAGCCUUUACAGGUGUAUUUUAGUGGUAAAAUGUUUAUUGAAAAAAUGUUGUGUUUUAUUGAACGUACUAGAGUCAUCUGCCUAUUUUACUAUAAAAUUAUUUUCAAUGUCAUAUAAUAAUCUAAGACAAACUUCAAUCAAUAGGGUAGGAUCAAAAGAAAAGGACAAUGUUGUACCCUAAUCUUUUAUUUAAAAAAUAUGAAUAAUUUGAAUUCAUCAGUUAUUUAAAAUGUCAAGUGCUGUCCAUUUUCUUAGAGCCUGAUGGACAAGCUGACAUUUUAUCACCAUGGUAGCAGCAUAACAUGACUGGUUAAAAAUAAAUACAAUAUUUAAUUUGGGCAAUGGCCCACACUUGUCACUACUGCCAAACAAAAAUAUUAAUAUUAAAUAUUACAUUUUUUGAAGACAUGAUCAGUUUUUAAAAGCCAUAUGGGGCCAUGUUGUGAUUGAGGUUUUUGAUUGAACAGAGUGUUAAAAGUUGUAGAGAACACUUGCAUAUUUACAGUAUAGGCCUACUGAGCAUAAUAGAUUUUUUGUUAUAAAUAGUACACCCCAAUUUACAACAUAAAAGGUUUGAGUACUCAUAUUAAUCAAAAUUGGCUACAUAUCUUUCACAAAAAGGUUAUUAAAUUGUAAGUCUAAUUGCAAUGCAAUCCAAUGAUAAUAUAUACUAAUGGAGUUAAAUCUCUAUCUUAACAUGUUUGGUAAAUAAUAGCACACUAUAUCUAGUUGUAAUUUACAUUCAUUUCUUUGUACCUGUGUUUUCUGUUUAGAUUGAUCAUUAUUCAGUAAUUAACCCAAUGAGUGGAGAGAUCAGAAGAAUACAACUAGAGUAUUUCUGUUUUAUGUUUGAGAAAAAUAACUAUCAGAAGAAUACAAGAGUAUUUCUGUGUUUUUAUGUUUCUACAAAAACUGUGAUCCACUAGCCUACACUUUGAAGACAUGCCAAGCAGGAAACAGAUGAUGAAUAAGAAUUUAACCAUGGGGCUUUUUUCUUUUUUACAAAUAAAAUGCAUGUGAAAUUGGUGAUCACUUUACCAAACUGCAACCUAAAGCAGACCCUAGGAAGUUAGGGUCUGUAAGUUAACGAAUCGGAUCCUUUUAGUUAUUUCAUUUGUAAUUGCACCUCAGCAAUGAGAAAAUUGCCAAGCUGUGUAGUGAUAACAAGAACUGCAUGUGUGGACAUACUGAACCUUGUGAGGUCCUGUACAAAGAAUUUUAUUACAUUUUGUAAAUAAAAGUGGAUUUAAAAUUCA